UUUCAGUGAUAUAUGAAAUCUUACUAGAAAAUUAUAAAAUAUUGAGAUCCAGUUUUAAUCAUUUCUACAUUUUAUCAAAUGACUGUGGAUGGUACUAACAGUAAUGAGCAAGUUAUUCUUGUAACGGGUGGCUAUGAUCAUACUAUCAAAAUAUGGCAACCUCACACAGGAGUUUGCCAACGAACUGCAGAACACACAGAUUCGCAAGUCAAUGCUUUAGACAUAACUCCAGAUAAAUAUCUAAUAGCUGCUGCCGGAUAUCAACAUAUAAGGAUGUAUGACUUGGUUUCGAACAAUCCAAAUCCAAUUAUUAAUUAUGAAGGAGUGUCAAAGAAUAUUACAGGUUUAGGUUUCCAGGAAGAGGGGAAAUGGAUGUAUACUGGUGGUGAAGACUGUUCAGCACGGAUUUGGGAUCUCAGGUCAAGUAGCUUUCAAUGCCAACGAAUAUUCCAAGUGUCAGCUCCUGUAAACUGUGUUUGUCUGCAUCCGAAUCAAGCAGAACUUAUUGUUGGUGAUCAAAGCGGUGUUAUACAUUUGUGGGAUUUACGUUCGGAUCAUAACGAACAACUGAUACCAGAAGCUGAAGCGUCUGUGCAAGACGUUGCGAUUGAUCAAGAUGGUACAUAUAUGGCAGCAGUGAACAACAAAGGCCACUGUUAUAUUUGGACACUUACCGGGGGUGUAGGCGAUGAACCUACCCGUCUUAAUCCUCGUCACAAACUUUCAGCACACAAACGUUACGCACUUCGAUGCAAAUUUAGCCCCGAUUCUACACUUUUAGUGACUACAUCUGCUGAUCAGACUGCUCGAGUUUGGAAAACUACAGAUUUCUCGGAAGUACAAGUACUUCAACAUGAGGCAAAACGAUGGGUCUGGGAUGCUGCGUUUAGUGCAGAUUCACAAUACAUAUUUACUGCUUCGUCCGAUGGUGUUGCAAGAUUAUGGAAUGUAUCAACAGGAGUAGUAGAACGAGAAUAUCAGGGUCACCAAAAAGCAGUUACUGCUCUUGCAUUUCGCGAUGAAGUACUUUCCGCUUCUUAAACGAGCAGUACAUUUGUUUAAAUUUUUGAAUAGGAGGAAUGUCGUUUUAACUUAUAAUUUAUAUUAAACUAUUUAAUUUUCGUGCUUUGUUGUUUCUUUUAUUUGUGCCUUUUCUUUCCGCUAUUUUUCAAUCAUAGUUACUUCGACUUUAUCACGUACGAUUUUCCAAUGUGUCCACUUCCAUCUUUUGAUCUUAAAAUUUGCACAUUUUCAAGCGUAUACAUAAAUCACAAUAUUACUUUUAAGUAACUACGUAACAUUAAUUUUAUC